UUUUGAUGAACCCUAUUUAAUCUGUGAGAAUCCUUUGAAAGAGAGGAAUUAAGCAAUUAAUAAACGUAAUGGGUUAUUAUUAUUGUCGAAAAUGGUUGACUCUGAUAUUGUCAAUGUGGGUUCUAAUAAGGUGUUCGGAAUCAACACGAUAUGUGGUUGGUGACGGUGAAAAUUGGAGCUGGAAGUUUCCUCUUCCAUCACGAGAUAUACUAAGUCUGUGGGCCUCUAGUCACAACUUCCUAAUAGGCGAUGUUAUUGCGUUUUGUUACGAUAGUAGAAAUGAAUCGGUGCACGCAGUAAACGAGGGAGACUAUAGUUCGUGUAAUGUAGGGGGAAAAGGUCACCUGGUGGACCACGACGGGAAUACGAAGGUGAUACUUAACAAAAUAGGAAUGUAUUAUUUCAUAAGUGGAAACAAGCGUCAUUGCAAAGGUGGCUUAAAGCUCGCUCUGCUUGUCACUCAACCUCCAAUUCCCCCGCCACCUCCCUCUGUUGCUUUCCCGCUUCCUACGCCAAAAUCCUUGGUUGCUUUCCCGCCUCCUCCACCGUCACCUUUAGCACCAUCACUUUCAGCACCGGCACUGGCACCAUCACCGUCACCAAAUUCGUCAGGUGGUGGUGGUGGAGGUGAGUCGAUGAUAUGCUUGGGAGUUUCAAUGGCGAUGAUGAUGAUGUUCAGAGUUUGACAGAUGAUAGGUCUCUCUAAUUAAGCUUUAUGUGGUGUGAGUGUGACUCAAUACAUACAUAUAUGUAAUGUUUAUGUCAUCACUCAACCUCAACUUCAUUUUCCUUACUUUUGCUUUUGCUUUCAUGUUUCCUUACUUAUCAUCACAAAAAAUGUUGUUUCUUUAUUUCGCCAUUCAACAAAGUCUUCUCUUACUUAUUUCAUGCAUUUCUCUAUUA